CAAAGCCAUUCCUUCUCUCUGUCUCUCUCCAAGUAACCAAAAUCAUUUGACAAAAACCAAAAAUUAUGCAUAGAUUUGCAAGUUACAGAUCCCAUAUUUUCUUAAAAAUGGGAGAAUUAAAAUCUAUAACUAGAUAAACCCUAGCUCUGCAAUCCGAUCCACUGCUGUAUAACCGACGCGUGUCAAAUGAACAACUCAGAAAGGCCUCCCUUCUCAUCUUCCUAUUAAUUUCCUUGAAGGUUUCAGACUUCCAUGCACGUUAAAGCAACAACAAACCCUAAUAGUUUUAUCUCCUUAAUUUUCCUUUCUCUUUGAGUUUUCUCUCAGCCAUGAAAACUGAACUAAGAGCAAACACAACUACAUCCAUUCCUCUUCAAAACUCCAGCCUUUUCACCAACCCUCAAAGUUCUCUCUCAGGUGCUCUUCAAGGGUGUCUUGGUAGUCUUGAUGGAGCAUGCAUAGAGAAACUACUGCUUCACUGCGCAAGUGCCCUUGAGAACAACGAUGUGACUUUGGCUCAACAAGUGAUGUGGGUGCUCAAUAAUGUUGCUUCUUUGGUGGGUGAUCCUAACCAAAGGCUCACUUCUUGGUUUCUAAGGGCACUUAUCUCUAGGUCAUCGAAAGUUUGUCCUGCAGCGACUAAUUUUGAUGGUAGCAGCACAAUCCAAAGGAGACAAAUGAGUGUGACUGAGCUUGCCGGGUAUGUUGAUCUAAUCCCAUGGCACAGGUUUGGUUUUUGUGCAUCAAAUAGCGCAAUUUUGAAGGCAAUUGAAGGCUGCCCAAAAGUUCAUAUCUUAGAUUUUAGCAUCACUCACUGUAUGCAGUGGCCUACUCUCAUAGAUGCUUUGGCCAAAAGGCCAGAAGGGCCACCUUCACUUAGAAUCACCGUGCCAUCUUGUAGGCCACCAGUUCCUCCUUUGCUAAAUGUAUCAACUGAAGAAGUUGGUCUUCGUUUGGGCAAUUUCGCUAAGUUUAGGGAUGUCCCAUUUGAAUUCAAUGUGAUUGAUGACCCAUGUUCUUCCUCCAUAUCAACUGAAAUUAUGAGCGAAGAAUCCUCUGGUUUCUACUUUGAGUCAUUAUUGAAUCACUUGACUCCUUUGCUAGACCUUAGGGACGAUGAGGCCUUGGUAAUAAACUGCCAAAAUUGGCUGCGAUAUUUGUCGGAUGACCAAAAUGGAAGAGUGCAAGACUCUUCUCUACGCGAUGAUUUUCUUUGUCUCAUUAAAAGCCUUAAUCCUUGUAUUAUACUUGUCGUCGAUGAGGAUUGUGAUUUAAGUGCACCAAGUCUCACUUCCAGGAUUACUACUUGCUUCAAUUAUCUAUGGAUACCAUUGGAUGCCCUGGAAACUUUCCUUCCCAAAGAUAGCUCCCAAAGGAUUGAAUAUGAAUCUGAUAUUGGUCACAAAAUUGAAAAUAUCAUCAGUUUUGAUGGGUUCCAAAGGAUCGAAAGAUUAGAAUCUGGCAUUAAACUAUCACAAAGGAUGAAGAACGCUGGCUUUUUUAGCGUUCAAUUCUGUGAAGAGACUGUUAGAGAAGUAAAGUCUUUGUUAGAUGAACAUGCUAGUGGUUGGGGGAUGAAAAGAGAAGAAGAUAUGUUAGUGCUCACAUGGAAGGGUCACAAUUCAGUAUUUGCCACAGCUUGGGUCCCAGAUGUCUAAAACGAUUAAAUGGUUGUGGACUGAAAUGGCUUACAAGAAACUGGCUGGUUUGGGUGGACAAUGAGAUGGGUUUGGCUUGUUUUUACUUUAGAUGUGGUCCAGCUGAAAAGGCAAUGACAAAACAGAAACGUUUUCUCUCUUUGUCAAAAGGCUGCAAAUGGCACGAGACAAGAAGCGAAACGUCAGCAAAUUGAGAACGACCUUAUUAUGCUACCUUUGUUUUCGUGCUCUUUAGCUAAUAUUAUCACUUGAGAAGCAAAAAGAUAGAUGUACAUAUAUUGUCUUUAUAUGAGACAAAAUUAUCUAUCAUUUUGCUUUCUUUUCUUUUCGCAACCCCUCUUUGUUCUUCUACCUUUUGCUUUGGCAAGGUUUGGAAGUAAGUAAGCAGCUACCCCUUUUCUCAGUCAUCAUCACUGCUUUACAUAUAUAUAUCUAUGACUCGCAUGAACUCAUUCAUCCUUUUACAUAAUAAUUUCUAUAUGGGGUAACUUUGAGCAUCAAUAGCAAAAAUAUCCUGGAUCGAUUAUCUAAAUUUUAUCAAAAUGCAUAUCUCACAUGGAUAUUUAGAGAUUUUAUAUUUCGACUUUCGCUUAAUAAAGCUUUUGUGUUUUUCCCAUUAAAAAGAAUGACAGCUGGGUCGUAUAAUGCACUAGAAGUGGUGGCUCUUUUCUUUUACAAUUCUUUCCAUAUCAAACUUUUGAAUACAUGGGAUUGCAUUCUAGUGUAUCAUAGGCAAAAUACUCGCCUAGACUGGUUUCAUAUGAAUCCACAGUAGUGUGAAAUCAUAGUGAGACCGAUAUAAAAUCUCAUAUAUUUAUAAUAUGAUUCAUUUCUUUUUAACUUCAAUUUAAGAGACGAAAAAGGAAUUUAUGUAGAUCUAAUCUAAGUGAGAAUUGUCUCUACAGUAGAGAAGAAGUUUUACAAUAUAAUCAUUGUACGUAUAGAGUAAUUUUUUUGUUUGAAAGACGUGAUUUAACAUCUAUCUCGAUAGGAUAAUGAAUUAUAUACUUUGAAUACAAUUAGAGU